AUGAUGCAAACAGCAACGGAUUUGCUGUCGCGUCCAGCGAUUGCUGGGCCGCUUAUCAUCUUCAUCUUAUAUGAAAUUUACCAACUCUUUCUCAAACCAUCAAAUCUCCCAGAUCUACCCAUCAUCGGCGCCCGUAAAGGCGACUGGUUCCCCCUCUUCCAAGCCAAAAUCCGGAACUCUUUAGACGUCAAAGCUGUCCUCAAAUCAACAUACGCGCAAUACAAGAACCAAGCCACAAUUCUUCCCGUACUCGACGGUGGAAACUUCAUCUUUUUACCACGAUCUGAUACGAAAUUUGCAAGCGAGCAACCCACCGAUGAGCUUAGCAUGCACAAGUCUGUUGAACAUGAUUUGCAGACUGACUGGACCACCAUGGAUCCUUCAUUGACCCACGACCCUAUCCAUCUGGACCUAGUGCUUACCAGACUUACGAAAGAGGUGGGCAACCUCAUUCCUCAUUUAGCCGAUGAGUUGGAGCAUGUUGUCGGUAAGCACUGGGGUACUAGUUCGGAAUGGACUGAGAUUUGCAUUUUCGAAAAGGCGCAGCAGAUUACCAGUGGCAUGACGAACCGUGCAUUCGUCGGCUUUCCGCUCUGUCGCAACGAUGAGAUGCUUAAGAUGGGUAUCGCUUUUGCCCAAGACAUUCCGAUAUCGUCGAUGCUUCUCAAACCUUUUCCCAACUUUCUCAAACCACUUGUCGCACCGAUAAUAACCCUGCCCAACAGAAUCCACAACAAGAAAUUUGAGCGUAUCCUCAAACCAGAAAUCCAGGCACGUCUUGCAGAGUAUGAUUCGCAAGCAACAGAAUCCGAGAAACCUCCCAAGUCUGAACGGAAUGACUAUCUUCAGUGGCUGAUCGAACAAGCCAAGGAUAUUGGCAACCCGAAGAACUGGCAGGUCAGCGCUUUAUCAGAACGUGUGCUUUUGUUGAAUUUCGCAUCUAUCCAUACAACCACCUUUUCUGUUACCCACGCUCUCCUCGACAUUGCUGCAUCACCUCCGGACCUGAUCACCGAGUUGCGAGACGAAAUCAGGAGCGUGCUACAGCAACACGAUGGACAGUGGAACAAACGUGCCGUCGCACAGCUAGAAAAGCUUGAUUCCGCGAUCCGUGAAAGCCAGCGCAAGAACUCCAUCGUUUCAGUUGCUGUCUCGCGUACUGUGGUAGCCGAGAAGGGCGUCACGUUUCCAUCAGGUACACAUGUGCCCAAGGGUCUCAGGAUAGCCCUCCCAGGUUACUCAGUACUUCAAGAUCCCGAGAUUUACCCUGAGCCGAAGAAGUAUGUACCUCUGCGCUUUUACAACGCUCGACACGAUGAGAAGGACGGGUAUGUGAAGAGUGCGCGAAACGCAUUGCCGACAACUUCGCAAGACUUUCUGGCUUGGGGCUUGGGGCGAAACGCAUGUCCUGGUAGGUUCUUUGCGUCAAAUGAGAUCAAGAUGAUGAUAGCGUAUAUGUUGCUGAACUACGACAUUGAGCAUUUGGAGGAGAGGCCACGGAAUACUUGGAUUGUGCAGAACAGGAUUCCUCCUAUGAAGGCUACGUUGAGGAUAAGAAGGAUUUAA